AUGUUGACUCAACUCCCUGCUGAGCUACGCGUCAAGAUUUACGCGGUCGCCACCGAAGACUACAUACUGCGCACCUGGACCAGAAUCAGUACUCCUAGGGACAUUCAUACAGGCAAAGUCGAGUGGCCGUGGAAAGACGUCGAAGGCCUGCGGGCGAGAUUCUUCUUCGAGUUUCUCUCUCGUCAGGAUGAAGCAUUGAAGGCGCCACGAAUGCAAGUUCAUGCUGGUCUACUUCGUGCCAACAAGCCCAUCCGCGAAGAAUUCAUUUCACAUCUAUCAGCUGGCGGCGUCUCGUUUGGGAUUCUCAAUGACUCCGGACACAACGAUCUUGAUCGCUUCAGUACCCUGGCCAGCCUUGUGCUGGACCCGUGGAGAUCCUUGCUCACCACAAUCAGAGACUUAUCCAGGCAAUUGCCUGGCCCACCCUAUUAUCCGGCAUUGAGGCAGCGCCAUGGCUUUCCCGCAUUGAAGUGCAUCGAGAAGUCUGCGACUACGUAUUCCUAUCGCGGUGAAAUAGCGAUCAGCACGCAAUCGACAAGACCAGCCUUUGGGAAGCUGCUCGAAGAUCUUGCGGCGGGUUCGCGGAGGUUCUGUACGACCCGGCUCAACGUGUGGGUCCGCAGCUAUGAAGGUCGGGCUAGCGACAGAGGCGCCCAGAAGGAGCCGAGCAAUGUCAAGUGGGUUCUUCGCCACAAGAUUGGGCACCUCAAGGUCUCCCUCCGACGCACUGGCAACAACAGAACCAUGCCUCCGUACAGGGCGCUCCACCUUGAUCAUAUCGCAAACGCAAUGACGAGUCGCAAUGCCGAUGGUUCAACCGAACAUAUUCUAAAACCUAUCCCUUGGGCAGAAAAGCGUAUCGACGCAUCCUUGGAGAAGGCUUUGAGCGGAUACACCCCGGUCUCGUUCGAGCUCUACAUCUAG